UUUGUUCAGCUAAUAGAAAAUUAGGAUAUGGUCACACUGGGCCUAAAAACGUAAACAAAUUGCAACACGUGCGCUCUCUUUUCUUCACUAUUUUUUGAAUAAAAAGAGCUUUAACUAUGGAAUUAUUCACUGUAAAUCGGUACAGAGAAGAUUUCAAGAAAUCAAGCGAUAAAGAUCAACCGACGAACAAAAAUGAAGAUGAAAUAUUGCAAAAGUUACUCCAAAAGGCCGCCAAAAGGAAGAGGAAACACAAGGAAGCAGAAGUUGUGGAGCCGGCAGUAGAAAAAGCUCAAACCAAAGAUGAAGACACCGCUGAAGCUGCCUUGGAAGCACCUGAAGAGGAAGACAAGCAGAAGCAGGCAACUGAAGAGAACCAUGUGCCCUCCAACGAGUUCCAAGUUUUGGGAGGCGAUGGUGUUGCUGCCAAGCGGAGGAAGGUGGAAAUGCAGCUGCCCAAUUGGUUGGCUCAUCCCACCAUCAUCGCAGGAGGUAGUUUGCAGGCCGACGAGGAGAUCUCCGAUGCGGAGGCUAUUGACCAGCUUCCCUAUCUGGAAAAAUCCACAUGUUUGGCUCUCAAGCAGAUGAAGAUCAAGCGCCUCUUCCCCGUCCAGCGAGAGGUUAUCCCCUGGAUUCUGGAGGCUCAAUCCAAGCCGCCGCCUUUCCGUCCUCGGGACAUAUGUGUUUCCGCGCCCACGGGUAGUGGAAAAACGUUAGCCUUUGCCAUUCCAAUCGUCCAGCUCCUGGCCAACCGGGUUGAGUGCAAAAUCCGAGCUCUGGUAGUGCUGCCCGUGGCUGAGUUGGCCCUACAAGUGUACCAGGUCAUCAGUGCGCUUUGCAACAAAACAGAACUGGAGGUGUGUCUGCUUUCUAAGCAACACAAGUUGGAGGAUGAGCAGGAGAAGCUAGUGGAGCUCUACAAGGGGAAGUACUACAGCAAGGUGGACAUUGUGGUUACCACGCCAGGUCGUCUGGUGGAUCAUCUGCACGCCACGAAAGGCUUUUGCUUAAAGAACCUGAAGUUCCUGAUCAUUGACGAGGCUGACCGAAUCAUGGAUGCUGUUUUCCAAAACUGGCUCUAUCAUUUGGAUAGCCAUGUGAAGGAGACCACGGAUCAGUUGCUAGCCGGCACCCAAGCUCCCCUUUGUUACGCAGAACUUCAGUCCAGUUUCGGAAAUCAACCGCACAAGCUUCUCUUUUCUGCGACUCUCUCCCAAGAUCCCGAAAAACUUCAAAACCUGCGGCUCUUCCAGCCGCGUCUCUUCACCACCGUGAUGCCAGUGCUGAGGGAACCAACCGGCGAGGAGGGCGAUGCAGAAGCCGAUACAGAUGGACAAUUUUUGGGCAAAUACACCACCCCAGCCGAGUUGACGGAGCAAAUCUGCAUCACUGAAAUGCGUCUGAAACCAUUGACAUUGUACGCUCUGGUGGAGAAGUACAAGUGGAAGCGAUUCCUCUGCUUCACCAACAGCACGGAUCAGGCCAGUCGUUUGGCCUUUGUGAUGGCAACACUUUUCGAGAACAGCGAGACCAAGGUUGCGGAGCUGUCGGGAAAUCUUUCAGCUCUGGUGCGAAAGCAGAAUUUAAAGAGCUUCGCCAACGGCAAGAUAAACGGUCUUAUAUGCUCGGAUGCCCUGGCCCGUGGUAUCGAUGUGGCGGACAUAGAUGUGGUGCUGUCCUACGAGGCACCGCGCCACAUCAAGACCCACAUUCAUCGAGUGGGUCGGACAGCCCGUGCUGGUAGAAAGGGCACAGCUGUUACCCUGCUUACCGAGCAGGAUCAAGCGGCCUUCAAGAAGAUGCUCAACGACGUGGGCAAAGGACUGGGCGAGGAGAUCACGGUCUCACCAGACAUCGAGGUCGAUCAUGCAGAAGCCUACAAGAGGGCCUUGGACAACCUACGAGCUCGCCAGGAGAAACAAAAGACCACAAAGGCUGCGCAGAAGCGGCGAGUGGCCAACAAGGCUCUGGUUCAUAAGAAGCAUGAGGAGGCUAAGGACUCCAACCGACCACUUACACUCAUGGAGAAACUGCAACUCAAGGCGGGAGCAGUUGACACCAGUGUGGUCGAUAAGGUUAAAAAUGUCCCAACGAAGAAGGCGACCAAGUCCUUGCCGCGGGUUACGAAGAAACAGCGCAUUGCCAAAAAGCGAAAGGCCAUCGAGAAGUAGAGAUUUGGCUUUAACUUUUGCAAUAUUUUGUUUAUAAUAGAUUUUAGUAAUAUAAAGUUUUUUAAAUUCAAA